AUGGAGUCAGCGUCUACAACAGCCACAGGCGCACAGCCGCCCGUCACAAUCGUCUGCGUCGGCAUGGCAGGCAGCGGCAAAACAACCUUCAUGCAACGCAUCAACUCACACCUUCACUCGAAACAAACACCUCCCUAUGUCCUCAACCUCGACCCUGCCGUGCGCAAAGUGCCCUUUGACUCCAACAUCGACAUCCGCGACAGCGUCAACUACCGCGAAGUCAUGAAACAAUACAACCUCGGUCCCAACGGCGGAAUCCUCACCUCUCUGAACCUGUUUGCGACGAAAAUCGACCAAGUCUUGGGGAUCCUGGAAAAGCGCUGUUUGCCCGAGAAUCAAGAGAAGGGUCAAGAGAACAACGUGCCUAAACAUGUGUUGGUAGAUACGCCUGGCCAAAUCGAGGUGUUUGUGUGGAGUGCCAGUGGAAGUAUCUUGUUAUCUUCCCUCGCAUCUUCUUUUCCUACCGUUCUGGCCUAUGUGAUUGAUACCCCUCGCACCACUGCCUCUACCUCGACCUUCAUGUCAAACAUGCUCUACGCCAUCUCCAUCAUGUACAAAACCCGCCUCCCUAUGAUCCUCGUCUUCAACAAAAACGACGUAAAGUCAGAAGAAGAAGCAAUAGACUGGAUGCGCGACUUUGAAGCUUUCCAAGAAGCCCUCCGUCGCGAAGAAGAAGAGGAGGCAGAAACAGGUACUGGAGGUUCGGGGUACAUGGGUUCGCUGCUCAACAGUAUGAGUCUUGUGCUCGAGGAGUUUUACAACAACUUGAGUGUGGUGGGUGUGAGUAGUAUGACUGGCGCAGGCAUUGACGCCUUCUUCGAAGCCGUGGAAGAAAAACGCGUCGAAUUCAACAAAGACUACAAAGCCGACCUAGACCGCCGCCGCGACCAACGCGAGAAAGAAAAAGAAGCGAACCGCGAAAAGGAAGUUGCCAGAAUGAUGAAAGACAUGCGCGUCGGAGGAAACAAAUCAAAAACACCCAAACCAGAACCCGAGACCGUCUCCGAAGCCGAAGAAGAAGACGAAGACGAAAACGGAGGUUUGGUGGAUAGAGAUGAAGAUGAAGAUGUCAGUCAAGAAGGCUUGCAACAGAGAUAUCAACAAGCCUUGGCUGCAGGCAACAACCAAAUGUCUGGCGAGGACUUGAGUUUUGCAAAGUAUGUCCAGGCUGCUGGAUUGCAGAAGAAGUAG